ACCCAUGGGAUAUUUCAAAAGGUUGAUGUCAAUGUAGGCUAUUGAACAACAGCAAUCAUGAAAUAAGGAUUUUACAAGAGAAAACACAUUUGUCAAUAUCCUGCUUGGAUUGUAAUGGACUCAAGAAGUAAGUGGCAUCUAUCUAAAAGAAAGGAACAAAUAACGCCCAUUGGAUAGCUUUCUUUUGGAACGGAAAACAUGAACGACACAAGUAAUUUCACUACACACACUGUGCCUUACAAGUCAGCUGCAGCCAUGGCUUUACCUGUAUUUAUGUUUGCAGUUGGUAUCAUUGGAAAUAUAAUAGCAAUAGCCGCUCUAUCUGGAUCUAAGCAAGGGCGCAAGUCGUCCGCUUUCUUCGCCUUAGUUUGCGGUUUGGCUAUCACCGAUCUUCUUGGGACUUGUCUGGCCAGCCCAAUCACUAUAGCCACUUACCUCGAUAAAAAUGUACUCCACGACCGUCAUCUUUGUGAAUUCCAUUCAUUUUUGUUGCUGUUCUUCGGAGUGGCAGGACUAAGUAUUAUAUGCGCAAUGUCUGCUGAGCGCUACCUCGCAAUAUGCUGCCCUUACACAUACCAAAGAUGGGGAAUUGGCCCACAUUUUGCGCGCAAGUGCUUGUUUUGCAUUUAUCUCAGCAACAUUAUAUUUUGUUGUCUUCCAGUGAUGGGUAUGACUGAAAGCAUGAGCCAGCCCUCCAAAACCUGGUGCUUCAUCAACUGGAUGGCUCAUGAGCCGUUGUCUGCAGCCUAUUCGUUUUUAUAUGCAAGUGUGAGUUUUCUACUCAUAUUGAUGACGAUAGUCCUCAACUUUGCAGUUUGUGGCACUCUAUUGAUAAUGCAUCGCAGGAAAAUCCAACGUCCAGUUACUAGAGGGAGCACACGGGCGCAUUGGACAGCGCUUUCCUCCGGCGUGGAAGCCCAAAUGAUGACGGUGCUCGUGGUGACCUCGAUGGUUGUUUUAGGUUGCUCAGCGCCGCUGGUGGUACGCGUAUUUGCUAACCAGAUAUCACGGGAAGAUAAUUCCCAUGCAGAUUUGAAGGCUAUACGGAUUGCCGCCGUCAACGCCAUCCUUGACCCUUGGAUCUACAUUUUGCUGAGAAGGACUCUGUUCAGUAAGAUUCGGAGAUUAUCUAAACGGGUUUACAGUGGUCGACAAGGCAAAUAA